UGAUCUUGAUGUCAAGGCUCUUGGUGAUGUUGUUUGUUUGGAGGUAUAUAAUCAUUUCUUAAAGCAGAUUGUGUUUAUUUUCCAUAUUGUCUUUUUGUUUAAUGUUGUAGCAGUUUAUUUCUGAUUUUGGUCAGCAGGAUGGAUCUUAUUGGGUUUUUGGAAAAGUUGAAUCAAUCGAACCUCAUUUUGGAGAAUGGUAUUAUUUAGCAUGUAAGACAUGUGUGAAGAAAGUCAGGAUUUUGGAUGACAAAAAGUUUAGGUGUGACUUUUGUAUUAAGAAUUUUGAUGUAGCUGUGAAGAGGUACUAAUCUGUUUCCUUUUUUUUUUCUUGGUGUGUUUUUGGUUUCUUUUCUUUUAUUUUACAAGAAGUUAUUAAAUUGAAUACCUUUUUCCUCUUAUUUAGGUUUAGGUUUGUUGCGAACAUUGUUGAUGACUCAAGUAAUGCAUCCAUUUUGCUUUGGGAUAGAGAAGUUGUUCAACUAAUUGGAAAAAAGGGUGAAUGACUUGAUAGGGAGUAAUAUGGAGCAUUUUGCUAUGGAGUAUGUUCCUAAGAAGAUUGAGGAGCUGCUUGUGGGUCAACAAGUGCUGUUUAAGAUUCAAACUAGGAAUAGCAAGGAAUAUUAUCGCAGAUAUCCAUACACGGUUAACAAAAUCUGUAAUAUUCCAGAAGUGGUGGAGAAAUUUGUUCCUCAGAACAUUGCAUCCCAAGUUUUCAAUACUAAUGUCAAGUUAGCUGAUUUACUCUUCGGAUCUGAUAUUGUUGAGGUCUCUGGAAAAGGUUUUGUAACUCCUGAUUUAUCAGUUGUUACUAAACAGAAGGGGAUUGAAUGCUUUGCUGAAGGAAGUGUGAAAAGAUGCCUGGCAGAUGAUUUUGAUAGUUGUGAUGAUAUCUGUUUUGAGAAGAUAAAGAAGAAGACGAAGGAAGUGAAUGUGAUUGAAGAUGAAGAUGAAGCAUCUGUCAGCUACACUCAAGAUUUGUCUGGUGCUGAUUAGAGUUGGGAAAUUUUUAGAGUUUAUCUGUUUUUUAUUUCUUGCUUAAGUAUUUUGAACAUUUCUGAAAUUUCACCUGUGUUUUUUGGGGGU